AUGACAUUCACUCACCUCCUCCGUUCCCUCCUCCUUGCCACCGCAUUGCCGCUGUUUUCCAUCUACCGUGUAGAGGCCGGCGAGGUGGGCGUGUGCUACGGGAGGGACGCGAACGAUUUGAUGGAUCCAUCGGCCGUGGUGAAUCUUCUAAAGGAGCACGGCAUCACGAUGGUGAGGAUCUACGACGCCGACCAGGCGGUGCUGGGGUCUCUGUCCAACAAAGGCAUAAAGGUGAUGGUGGCGCUACCCAACAGGGACCUCGCUUCGGCGGGCCGGGACGAGGGUAGCGCGCUCGAUUGGCUGGAAACAUACGUGGUUCCGCACUAUCACCGGGGCACCCAGAUCAAUGGUGUGGCUGUGGGGAACGAGGUGUUCCAGCAAGCGCCCGACUUGACCCCGCAGCUGCUGCCGGCGAUGAGAAACAUGCAGGCGGCGCUAGCAAGGCUGGGCCUCGCUGAUGCCAUAAAGGUGUCAACACCAAUUAGUUUUGAAUCGGUCCGCGCAUCGCACCCACCAUCCUCAGCUGUGUUUCAAGAUAGCAUUGCUCAAUCGGUGAUGCGCCCUAUGAUUGAUUUCUUGGAACAGAUUGACUCAUACCUCAUGGUCAACUUUUACCCAUACAUAGCCUGUGCUAAGUCUAAUGGCACUAUAUCCCUUGAAUAUGCCACCUUUGGCCCUAAUGCCGGUGUGGUUGAUCCGAAUAGCGACAUCACAUACUACAGUCUCUUUGAUGCCCAGUUAGAUGCUGUUUACUAUGCUAUAAAUAAGGUUUCUAGUGAUAGUGUAAGGGCCUCCAUGCCCCAAGAAAGAGUACGAGGUCACCUGAAAUCAAGGGUAUCCGUCAAAUGCUCGGAAUGUGGGCACCCCUCUGGUGGUCGACUCUCCAUGUUGACCACACAAGCUGAUGCUGAAGAGGAUGUGCCUACAAAAGCCAAUGCACAAGCAUUCAAUAAUGGUAUUAUUAGACGCGCGCUGUUCGGAGCCUCUGGUCUGCCCAAUGUCUCUGUGUACAUCUUCGCUCUUUUCAAUGAGAACGAGAAGGCUGGACCAUCCGUAGAACGUAACUUUGGCCUGUUCUACCCUAACGGGACCAAGGUUUAUGAGGUUGACUUUAACGGUGGUAGUGUUUGUCCCAUGAAGGCGAGCUGGUGCGUGGCGAAUUAUGCUAUUGGGAAUGCCCGACUACAAUCGGCGCUGAGCUGGGCAUGUAGUAAUGGUGCAGAUUGCAGCUCUAUUCAGCAGGGCAAACCUUGCUUCGAGCCCAACACCAUAGUCGCACAUGCAUCUUACGCAUUCAAUGACUACUACCAACGCAUGGGCCAAGAUGACAAGGCGUGUGACUUUGCCGGUGCCGCUUAUAUCGUCUACGAACCAUCCAAAAGCAUUUGUGACCCAAAUCCAAGUUGGUGUGUUGCAAACCCAGCGGUUGGGGAUGCACGGCUACAGUCAGCACUAGACUACGCGUGUGGCAGCUGUGCAGAUUGCAGUGACAUCCAGCCCGGUGCUCGGUGCUUCGAACCUGACACUAAGGUGGCGCACGCAUCGUACGCAUUCAAUGACUACUACCAGCGUGUGGGCCGGGCCAGCGGCUCAUGUGACUUCGGCGGUGCUGGUUCCAUUGUCUAUCAGGCACCAGAGAUUGGAAACUGCGUCCUUCCACCAAUGAUAGAACUGGACAAACAGUACUAA